AUGAAGGAACAUUAUCCUUUGAAAACAUGUGAACCUAAGGAACAAAUGGAAAUAGAUGGUCAUUUUUUGGACGUAUAUACCAUUGAACGUAAAAUAUACAAACAAGAUGGUACCACGUAUCUUAUAAAAACUUAUUUAACACCAAAGGGUAGAAUACUCCGGCAUAAUUGGUUGAAUGUGCCUUAUAUCUUGAGGAUUAAUCCAUUAGCUGAUCCGAAGAUUCCACAAAAAACAAUGAGGAUAGAAGCACCAUUAAAAGAUCGCUGGGAGGAAGACAUCGAAAUGUUCUCUAUAUAUUUAGAUAUGAAAUAUUCUAAAACUGCGGAACAAAAGGAGUACUUAGCUGAUCACCCGGAAGUAAAGCAACUAAUUGCAGAUUAUGUUCAAACAUUGCUUGUUGGUAAUCAGUUUGACAACUGGAAUAACAUUGUAUCAAUACUUCUCAGACAGGUCACACUUUUAAAACCUGCAAAUGUGUUGGACUUCACAAUUCAACAUUUCAUAGCAUUUUCCAAACAUCCUAAGACUUGGGAGACCAGUACAUUGAACGAAAAUGAUGACACUGAUGUAAAAUCACAGCUGGCAGAAGAAAGAUCAAGUACCACUAUGUGCAACAUCUGUGGAUUUUUCAUACCUUGCGGUGUUUUAGAAAAAGCUUCUUCAGAAUUUGAAGGGGAAUGCCAAGAAAUUAUGAGUUCCGAUGAUUCUGCACAAUCUACUCAUGUGGAAAGUUCGAAUGAGAGUAGGACUGAAGUACAAGAAAAGACCGAUACUUUAAAUGAAAUAAGUACAAAAGAACAAAAUAUCGUCUACGAUACCACUCUUCCAGAACAGGAGAAAACUUGCGAUCGAUGUGAAACUACUAUGAAAAUUUACGACAAUUAUCAAGUAAAAUUUUAUUAUAUUUACGUUGAAAUUUUACGUUAUGAUUAUUCAAUUAUUUUAAUUUUUAGCCUUCUCCUAAAUGUCCAGGAUGUCUUAGAACAUUCAAAAUAUGUAGAAAAUGUUCUGCCAUUGAUAAAAUAUUACAAAAAUUGGAACAUUAAAAUUUAUAUACAGAGGAUGUAAAAUUUUUUAUAAAGAUUUGGUAACUGCUUAAA